UUGAAAAAGUUGAGUUAUAUCAUAAUCAAUCAUACUUCAUUUCUGUUCUUGACAAAUAAUCCCGUCAUUUAAUGUCAUUGUAAAUAAUAAAUUUGGUGGACUUUUACUAGAAAAAGAAGUUUAUGAAUUAUAUAUUGUUUUCCACUAUUUAAAACACGUAAUAACAGAAUUGGCAAGAACACGUGGUAUUAUUAACAAACGAAUACAUAACAAAGAUACGUAAGUCCUCGUUUACAAAAGGAAGCUAUCACUUAUUCUGGUUUUCAUUUUUGGAUAGUGCCUUGGAUAGAUUAUGAGUACCGACUAUUUCAAUAUUGUUAAUCGUUCCUACACCGACAAAAAAAAGACAGACGACAACGAAGAUGUGUUCCUCGCAGAUACUAAACUAAAACAAGUAAAACACAAACGAAUUCGUAAUGGAUCUACAUAUAUCCCGAGAACAGAGGAUUAUUUUGCUACACGAUAUCAGUAUAUUUUGUUCAGUGUCCUGAUGGCAAAUGAUAGUAGCUUUAUUCAGUACCUCUUUACACAUAGUCUCUUUAUUUCUGGAGGUGGUUUUCUCAUAAUUUAUAUAUUCACUACUAUUCUCAUUGGGAUUCCAAUAAUAUACGUGGAGAUAUUUCUUGGAAGAUAUACAAAAAAAUCAAGCAGUCAGAUGUAUCGGAUGUCACCUUUCUUCCUCGGAUUUUGCGUAUCAGUGUUAGCCAUAAAUGUUUUCCAUCAGGCGAAACAGUCUUCAGAGUAUUCAAGAUUUAUUGCUCAGUUUCUUGAUCUCAUGUCUGACAAAAGCAUGUAUGACAAAUGUGAUGACAAAAACACCAGCUGGUGUUAUGAUUACAAAAUUAGAGGAAAAGUUAAUGAUGAAUGUGUUCGUUCCUUCAUGGGAAUGAAUUGUACAAAAUUGGGAAUUAUUGCAUAUCCUUUCCAAUACGCUUACUAUAACACCUACGGAGCUACUGAUCACGUACACUAUCCUCAAAUAAAAGUCUUCAUCGUCAUUGGAAUCAUUUGGUUCGUAGUUUGGCUUCUUUCAUUCAGAGGUAUCAGAGGACUAGGAUAUUCUUUGAACAUCACUUUUAUUUGCCAGCUGUCUAUUUGUGUAGUUAGUUUUAUAAUUAUCUUCACUCUUGAAGGUUACGAAGAUGGGAUCUAUCAUUUACUUGAAAUUGAUUAUUCAAGUAUAACACAUAUUGCAGACGUUUGGCUUAGUGUCUGGUUUUGUGUUAUUAAUUUGGGCCUUAUUAUACCUUCUGGAUAUAUGACGUUCGCGGCUUACAGCACAAGCGGUAGAGGAGUCGGAAUGGACUGUAUGAUAAUAACACUCUUUAUUGCCCUGUACGGAAUUUUCAUGACAUUAUUUUUUUAUUGCCUCACUGGCACUCUUGCAAGAGCAAUCGGGUGCUGUAUGGAGUGUGUUGUUGUGCCAGGUAGAGGUAUUUAUCAGGCAAUGAUACCAGAACUGUUUUCGUAUAUUGAUUCUCCUUCUAUUUUAUUCAUACUGUAUUUCAUGUCAUUAUUUUUAAACGACAUCAUUGGGAUGACAAUGUGUGCUUACGGAAUUAUACUAAGUCUAUUCGACUUCUUUCCUAAACUUCAGAACUUUCGAUUUUAUGUUUGGAUUAUCUCUUGUACAUUAAUGGCUGCUACUUCAAUGGGUCUUUAUGGCAGAUUAGAAUCAGUAAGAGAAUGGAUUCCGGUAACUCAAGCGGUGUAUACUGAAUAUAUAGUUGGUUUGUGCCUUAAUAUAGAAGCCAUCAUAUUAUUCUAUGUAUAUGGGGUUUCUCGACUUACUGAUGAUAUACUGUUUUAUACGGGAGAGCCUCCAGUUAAAUUCCUGAGAAUGAUGUGGGCUCUUAUUCCUAUACUUUUGUUUGUUUGUAACAUUCUAAUGUGGCUAAACAGGUAUCUUUUGAGUAUUUACAAUGACAUUAUUGAAAACAAUGAAAAGGAAAUUCGAAGAGUCAGAUUUAAUGCAGGAUUAUUUUACUUGGCGAUUUUCUGUUUUGGUCUGUUUACGUGCAUUUGGUACUACCUCAUUAAUAUUGAAAAGAAAAAUUUUUUUAUACAUCUACUUAAACCGCAGUACCAUUGGGGCCCUCCUGACCAAUUAGUUAGGAAGGAAAGAAAGCAUUUCUAUCCCAGGAUAUCUAUUCGUUCUCAAGUUCAGUAUCCUAGGUCAAACAAAUUAUUUGUUGUUUCUGCAAUAACAGAAAGGGAACAGCCUACUUCUACAGAAAUGGUAGAAAAUGAACAAACCAAAAAGGGCAAAAUUUUUGAGGAUAGACAUUUCUUCUUUAACAUUGGUGUUGAUAGAUUCACCAAAAAUAAAAGAAAAUAAUAUUAUAAUUAUUUCGCGAACUAUAAUAUGAGGUUAUAAGUUCAACUUGCGAUAACAACGUGAAAACUUAGAAACGUUCAUACGUUAAACUGCACUAAG